CGCGGCCCAGUCGCCAUGAGCGGCCUGCGGGGCGCGGCGGGGCCGGCGCGGCGGGCAUGGCUGUGGGGAGCUGCGGCGCUGCUGGUGCUGGGCGCCCUGCUCGGCACCUGGCGCUGGGCCGGCCGCCGCCGCCGCCGCCUGCAGCGGGUCGGGACGGUGCUCAGGCUCUUCGUGUACCCCGUGAAGUCGUGCCGGGGGGUGUCGGUGCGGCGGGCGCAGGUGACGCCGAUGGGGCUGCGCUGCGGGGAGCUGCGGGACAGGUUCUGGCUCGUGAUCAGGGAGGACGGGCACAUGGUGACAGCUCGCCAGGAGCCGCGGCUCGUCCUUAUUUCUGUCAGCUGUGAAGACGGGCACUUGACCUUGGAGGCCGCGGACAUGGAGAAGAUGUGCGUGCCUGUAAAGCUCCCCGAGAAAAACCCCGUCCGCAACUGCAGGGUGUUUGGACAGGAUAUCCAAGGCAGGGACUGUGGUGAUGAAGUGGCUCAGUGGAUCACCACCUUCCUGAACUCAGAGCCCUGUCGACUGGUGCACUUCGAGCCCUCCAUGGUGCCAAGAAAGUCAAAGGACACUAUAGCCCUUUUCCGAAACACAGAUGAGGUUGCCUAUCCUGACUGCAGCCCAAUCUUGAUCAUCUCUGAAGCUUCAAUGGAUGAUUUAAAUACCAGGCUGGAAAAGAAAGCUAAGAUACAGAACUUCAGGCCAAAUAUUUUUGUGACAGAUUGCAGUGCUUUUGAGGAGGACACCUGGGAGGAUAUUCUUAUUGGUGAUGUGGAGAUGAAAGGGACCGUGUGUUGUGGCAGGUGUAUUUUAACCACUGUUAAUCCAGACACUGGGGUCAUCGACAGGAAGGAGCCCUUGGAAACAUUGAAAAGUUACCGCUUAUGUGACCCCUCUGAGAAACACAUCUACAAAACCAGCCCUCUCUUUGGGAAAUACUUUGCUGUUAACAAAACCGGAACAAUUCAAGUUGGAGACCCUGUGUACAAGAUGGUCUGGGAGUGAAAGAGAUUUUGAUCAGAAGAUGCUUUUUCACUUUGAUAUGCAAAUUGUUUUUCCAUGUGCACAGUCACCAACAUAACUUUUUCUUCUUCCUUGCAAUAUUUUUUGUACUUUUUAAGGUGCAGGAGGUUCUUUGGGGCUGUGAAGUGCCAGUCUUUUCCGAUCACGUAAUCUACUGGCAUACCUGUAGUAACCACAUCUUCAGUUUUUCUGGAGGCUGUGGUAGAAGAAACUGGUCCAAGACAGACUUCACAGCGCUACUGUGAGCAUCACACCUCCUAAAAUUUCACAUCAACUGCAGUAUCGGAAUCCAAAAUCACGCACAGCGGUUUGCAUCGUAUGUUAGAUGCAUUUAGUGCCUAUAAAGAACCACAAAAACAGUCAUGCUAAGCACAAAGUAUGUUUGUCACAGAGCUGCCUUUACGAAUGGUCAUGGAAUGCAGAUGGCAGGGCUCUGCCACUCUCCUUUGGUCCUAAUCCUCCCUGGAUCCACUCUCCUUUGGUCCUAAUCAGCUUGCCCUGUCUGUGUUCAGAGGUAGUUUUUAGAAGUGUUUCUUUCCUUGCAGUUGUGUCCUGAAGAUUGCUACUGUCUCUUGAGAUUGGAGCAGUAUUAGAAGGAGGAUUGUGAGCCAGGUAAUGAUGUGUAAGGCUGUGGGUUUGUUUAGUUUGUGACCUCUGCUUGACAGUUUGAGCAGUCAGUUUUUUCUCCUGUGAAGAAUACUGUAACACUGAGGCUGUAGAGUAGUGACGCAUUUGCUGACGUAGCAGUAGAAUUUCCACUUUGACUAAAGGAACUGGAUGUUCACUGUGUCAGAGACUUUGUGCACAUUGGAGGGGAAGAAAAGCUGUAGGGAGUGAUCUGAUGUUGAGCCUGCCCUGUUCAAGCUGCUGUCCAGGCCAAUGUUGUAGGGCUCAUGCACAGCUCCUCUGUGGCUCAGUGAAUCCCUUUGUGUAGAAAGUUAGGCUGCUAAGCAGAUGUUUGGGAAGCUGCAGUUUGAGCAUGUUAGCAUCCUUACUGGUUCUAUAUUUACAUCUCUGGUUACCCCCUGUCCUGCUCCAAUCUAACCAAAAUGUCAGCCGUUUGUAGGAAGCUGAUAAUUAUAUUUCCUACUGCAUAAAACAAAUAAGGGAGAAAACUAGUUGAAUUAUGGCAGUGUUGUCUUUUCUUUAAAUGUUAUAUGAUUAUACUUUUUUAAAAAGUGGCCUCCAGGACACAAGCCAGCCAUCUUUCGAGUGCUUGUCUGCUUGUUUCUUUUUUAUGGAUUAAUAGAUUUGGAAAAAGAGUAUUGCCCUAGCCUAAAAGAGGAAUCUAAUUAAAUAUGAAGAAGGACAAAUAUGAUCCAAUCUGAUGUUUAGGUUCUUCAUUUUCUGUUUUAAGUAGGAAGGUGGAAUUUUGAUGCAUGCUCACAACUCAGACCUGUAAAACAAAGAGCCAUUGAGCUUUGAAAAGGUGCAGGUGAGUGUAUGUGGCAAGCCUGAAGCAGUCACGUAGGGGAGUUAGUUUUCUAUUAUUUGUGAACUCAGAGUUGCUCUGAAUGCCAUUUUGUCAGCAGGGUGCUCUGUAAGAUUAAGUUUUCCUGGGAUGACAAGUGCCCAGUUUGAAGUGCAUGUUGCUUAUUUGUGUGUUGUUAUGCCUGAUGCAGCAACUAGUGGGAAGAAGUGAGAGAAAAAGCAUCUUUGGAAAAGAAAAAGAAUUUUGAGGUUCACUCUUAAAAAGCACAUGUUGAAGGUUCUUAGUAUUAGAAGCUGAAAGCUUGUGGGAUUCCUAAUGGUAUUAUUAAGCACAGGGAGCCUGUUGGCCUGCCAAAGCAAUUAGUUGUGUGUCUCUUCAUUAAGUUAAAGAAGUGGAAGGAAAAAGAGCUGAUUUUUUUGCUUCUGGCCAAACACAUUUUUUCCACUACUGUUUCAGCAGCACAUCAGCAUUUACAUAACACAAAUAGUGUGGUAUAGAUCCUGUUGCCUCUCAUUAGGCAGCUGUUGAUUGGGCUAAUUUGGAAAUGGGGCUGUCUUUGCAAUGAGAAACUGCCAUCUGCAUUCCUGUUAGGGAGAGGCCAUAGAUCAAAACCCCUGAUUUACUCCUGUAAAGCCUCUUAGAAGAAUACGGCUGGAAUCCUAAAACAGGCGUGCAUCUGAGUACAACAUGGUUCACAGAUGACACUUAAAUCAAUUAUGUGAUCAAAGAGGGCCAUUUUGUGAAGUUGAGAGCAUGAAUUAGAACAUUGAACUAUCAAUAUCUUCAUAUGACUGUUGAAUUCCUGUAAUUGUAGGAAUUGCGUUUGAUUUUGUUAAAGCCAUUUAGAAAAUUGACUGAAAACAUGUCAGUCAUGAACCACUGUUUUUUAAAUUGUGUACUUAAAAAUGUUAAUUGUUUUUUAACUCUAGAGGAAGAAAAUGAAAGUAUAAACUUCUAAUGAAUCAAA